AUGAAGAUCACCGACAAGCUUGCCAAGGCUGAGCGUGAGGGCCGUCCCUUCUGGUCGUUCGAGUACUUCCCCCCUCGUACUGCUCAGGGCCUGCAGAACCUCUUCGACCGUAUCGAGCGCAUGCGCAACCUUGGUCCCGAGUUCAUUGACAUUACCUGGGGUGCCGGCGGCAAGAAUGCCGACCUGACCAGCUCGCUCGUCCAGGUGUGCCAGGAGACCAUCGGUAUCGAGUGCUGCAUGCACCUUACCUGCACUGAGAUGCCCGCCGAGAAGGUCGAGUGGGCCCUGUCCCAGGCCAAGAAGUUUGGAUGCCAGAACAUCCUUGCUCUCCGUGGUGACCCGCCUGCGGGCUCUUCCGAGUGGAAGCCUACUCCCGGCGGCUUCUCGCACGCCGUCGACCUGGUCAAGUACAUCCACAAGAACUACCCGGGCGACUUCUGUGUUGCUGUUGCCGGCUUCCCCCAGGGCCACCCCGAGACCGAGGACACGGACGAGGCUCGUCACCAGGAGAUGCUCUGGCUCAAGGAGAAGGUCGACGCCGGUGCCGACUUUAUCUUCACCCAGAUGUUCUACGACGUGGACAUUUUCUUUGCAUGGGUCAAGCGUGUGCGCGAGUACGGCAUCACCGUCCCCAUUGUCCCCGGCAUCAUGCCCAUUCAGAACUGGGGCAAGUUCCAGACCUGGGUCAAGCGCGAGUCGAUUGUUGUUCCCCCUCACUUCUACGAGGCCCUCAACCCCGUCCAGGGCGACGACGAGCAGGUGCGCGCUGUCGGCACCCAGCUUGUCGCCGACAUGUGUCGCCAGAUCCUCGAGAACAAGGAAGCCGGUAUCAAAGGUCUCCACGUUUACACUCUCAACCUCGAGAAGGGUGCCCGCAUGCUCCUCGAGACCCUUGACAUGGACCCCCGCCGCGAGCAGGUCAUGCCCCUCCCAUGGCGCCCGUCGCUCACUCCUUCGCGUCGCCAGGAGUCUAUCCGCCCCAUCUUCUGGGCCAACCGCGUCCAGUCGUACCUCUCCCGCACGUCGGACUGGGACGAGUUCCCCAACGGACGUUGGGGUGACUCUCGCUCUCCCGCUUACGGCGACCUGGACGGCUACCCCGUCGCCAUCAACGUGAACGCGGCCGAGGCGCAGACGCUCUGGGGACACCCCGAGACUCGCGAGGACAUUGCCGAGCUGUUCGCCAAGUUCUGCCGCGGCGAGCUUGCCAAGCUGCCCUGGUCCUCGGCCCCUCCCGCGUCGGAGACUUCGGUCAUCACUGAGCAGCUUGCUCGCAUGAACGAGCGCGGCUUCCUGACCAUCAACUCGCAGCCCGCUGUUGACGGUGCCCCCUCGGACGACAAGGUCCACGGCUGGGGUCCUGCCGGCGGUUACGUCUACCAGAAGGCGUACCUCGAGUUCUUUGUCGCUCCCGAGCUUCUCUCGCAGCUCAUCCGCCGCAUCGAGCGCGACCCCCGCAUCACCUACUAUGCCGUCAACAAGCAGGGUGACCUGCGCACCAACACCCACUCGGAGGGCCCUAACGCCGUCACCUGGGGUGUCUUCCCCGGCAAGGAGAUUGUCCAGCCCACCAUCGUCGAGGCCGUCUCGUUCAUUGCUUGGAAGGACGAGGCCUUUGAGCUCGGCUGCCAGUGGGCCAACCUUUACCCGGAGGGCUCGGCGUCGCGCGCCCUCAUCUCCCAGGUCAUGGAUGAGAGCUACCUCGUCAACAUUGUCGCCAACGACUUCAAGGACGGCCAGACCAUCUUUGAGCCCUUCCUCCUUGACCAGCCCGCCAACGGCAACUAG